GCUCAAAACAAAUAACUUUCUUCUGAAACUCGUCAGUCUAUUAUUGUUCUGAGAAAUGAAGGCUACACCAUCAACUUUUCAGAGACUGCGUGAAUCAUGUCUUCAUGGUCGAAUUGCUGCAAAGAAACCACUACCAAUAAUAAGAAGAGACAUGCUUGGGCCAAGAAACACGAGCAAUGGACAUUAGACCACUGGAAAUCUGUCCUUUGGUCUGAUGAGUCCAAAUUUGAGAUUUUUGGUUCCAACCUCUGUCUUUGUGAGAUGCAGAGUAGGUAAACGGAUGAUCUCCACAUGUGGUUCUCACCGUGAAGCAUGGAGGAGGAGGUGUGAUGGUGCUUUGCUGGUGACACGGACAAUGAUCGAACACAACUCCAGGCUGUGUAAUGGCUAUUUGACCAAAAAGGAGAGUGAUGGAGUGCUGCAUCAGAUGACCUGGCCUCCACAAUCACCCGACCUCGACCCAAUUGAGAUGGUUUGAGAUGAGUUGGACCGCAGAGUGAAGUGUCAUCUUGUCUGCCAGUCAGCUAUCUGUGGUCCACACACACUACCUACGUACUUCCUUUGGUUAACCUGUUUCCAUGCAUCAGUCUGGUGAACAGAGACUUGCAGGUUUGUGUCAAAUUACCGAACACCUUUUCCUCAGCAAUGGCAGAGCUGCAAAUGAUAAGGCUGUCAUAUCUCGUUUCAACAUCACCUGCAUCAUCAAUGCCACACAAAACAUCACAAAUACUUCCACUGCAGAGGUGGAAUAUGUCCAUAUACCUGUUACAGACUCUCCAUCUUCUCCUCUGAGCGACUUCUUUGAUGAGGUAGCGGAUAAAAUCCAGCUCGUUGGGGAGCAGUGUGGACGCACAUUGGUGCACUGCAAUGCAGGUGUGAGUCGCUCAGCUACGUUAUGCUUGGUGUAUCUAAUGAAGUACCAUGGAAUUACACUUUUGGAGGCACACAAAAAGGUCAAAUCUUGUCGACCUAUCAUUAGACCAAACAGUGGAUUCUGGAAGCAACUCAUCCAGUAUGAACGCAAGCUCCGUGGUUGUGCCACGGUCACAAUGAUCACAUCCCCCAUGGGUGAAGUACCUGACAUUUAUGAAGAGGAGACCAAAGAUAUGCUUCCUCUUUGACAUGCACUGUUUGUCAAAGUGAUUGUCAACCCCAUUGUAAAAAUGCAUUAGUACUCGUUUUAUAUCCAGUAUGUUGAGUUGGAAGUGGUCCUCUCAAAUGUAUUUGUAAACUUUGAUUCAGAAAUAAAAAUUAGUUGUGACAAUGUCACUUUACCAUUUACAACUAAACAAAGGUUUGUCUGUUUUGUAAAGGCUA